GGGGUCAUACCCUCUUGAUGAUGUGAAAGAGUACAGUCCGUGCAAUUACCAUCAUCUUCUGAGGUUGUCACUUUCCCACAAUAAAUUUUCGUGACUCAACUAAAUUUGUGGUGUGGGAACAGCUUUGUUGCCUGUUGGUUUCAAGAUUUUAUGAUAUCUACUUUGCAUGCCCCAAUCGACAUAAAUUUGAAAAUAAUAUUUGCAUAACCUAGCACAAUAUAGUCAACUUUUUUAAGCCUGUUACUACUUGUUAGUGGGAUGUUAACGAUACUUUGCUGGCUGUUCGAGUUCUUUCUGGAUUCCUUCUUCUGCUUCUUCUUUUUAUUUGCUUAUUUUUAUUAAACCGAUGUUGUAUUGAAUCACCACACACACUUCAUAUAUUCGGUUCACCUUCUAAGCUCGAUUCUACAUUUUAUGUGAAAGUAAUUUGUGUUAACUUUUGACACCAGAAACCUGAGAGGACAUUGCAUUUAUCCAUCCAUGCUGAGGGAGCAACUAAGGUCCUCCAUGUUAUUGAUUCAAGUUACCAUGUUGUUAAUGACAUGACGAAUACAAGUGUUUCUCGCUUGAGAGAGAAAGGGAAACAAGAACAGAAAUAGGACAAGUUUGUAGGUUUCAUGGAAAGAAUUUCAAUUGUUAUUCAACACAUUGGUAUCUCCAUGAUCGAUAUUCAUCCACAGGAAUUGAUUUUUGCUUGUGCAAAGAACAUUACAAUUGAUCUCAUACAAAGUUUCGAUCAACAAAAGCUUUCCUUCCAAAUCACACCAUUGCAAAUUGAUAACCAGCUGAGUUGUACACCAUAUCCUGUCAUCUUGUCCCUUGACCGUGAUUAUAAAAGCAAUCCAUUUGGCCAUUUGAUUAAGGAUGACGUCAUGAAACCAAGAAGUGAAAGACUGCUUCAAAGGACUUCUCACAGAUCUUUUGAACCUGUUUUCUACCUUGCUGUAUCAAAAUGGAGGAAAAAAGAUGUUUCAUUGGUUUCAUUCGAAUAUAUCAGCUUAAGGUUUAAUGGAUUCCUAUGCAACAGAGAAACAACUUCACUUAAUGACUGCUCCUGUUUCUAGUGAAAGCCACAAACCCAGACUCUCUCUACCUUCAAUACUUCCAAUUGGAGCUUCAUGGCAGCAAAUUUACCUUUUGGCUAGAAGACAGAAAAAGAUCUAUGUCCAAGUGUUUGAUUUUGGCCCCAUCAACUUGAC